AUGGCUCCUGCUUUCCUCAAUUAUCUCGGCUUCGGGGGUCGCGAUUCUGUCGCCGAGGACAAAAGUCCAAUUCGUGCACUUCCAGCAAGUUGGUACACUUCACAAGAAAUGUUCGAACUGGAGCGAAGGGCAAUCUUCUCGAAGAAAUGGCUACUUACCACACAUGCCGGACGUUUGCCACAACCUGGUGACUGGUUGAAGUUCGAUGUUACUGGAUACGAAAUUGUGUUAGCCCGUGAUCGACAAGGAAAGAUCAAUGGCUUUCACAACGUUUGCCGGCAUCGAGCCUUUUCAGUCGUUGAAGGCAAACAAGGCAAUGCUAAGAUAUUCGCCUGCAGAUAUCAUGGGUGGUCUUAUGGUCUGGACGGUAAACUAGCCAAGGCUCCCAAGUACGACGAGCUAGAGGGUUUUAAUAAGACCAAGAACAACCUCUUUCCAGUUCAUGUGCACGUCGACAGCAAAAACUUCAUCUGGAUAAAUCUUGACUCGUCCGAGGCUCCAGAGCCGUGGUCAAAUCAGUUUGCAGGAAUUGACCUACAAGAACGAUACAAGCAGUUCAACUUCGAAGAUUAUAUUCUUGACCACGAAUAUCAACUCGACGGUUCAUACAACUGGAAGAUUCUUGCUGACAACUUCAAUGAAUGUUAUCACUGCCCGACGACACAUCCAGAUCUGCCAACUUUAGCAGAUAUUACGACGCAUGAUGUGGUAGGGGAGCUCGGCUACAUCAGACAUCAGUCGGUGUUGAAUGAAGACCAAGAGAGAGACGGUCUAGGAAUUUCCAGCACAUACUACUUCCCCAAUGUCUCGGUUUCAGUAUUACCGCACUUUAUGAUGUUACAGCGAUUCCUGCCUUAUGAACCAACAAAAUCCUCGAUGCACUACCAGAUAUUCCGAAACAAAAAUUCAUCAGACAAGGACUUCAAACUCAUAAGUGAAAUGUACGCCCGUGUGGUGUCAGAAGACAAAGCUCUUUGUGAGCAGGUUCAGAAGAACCUCAAUGCUGGAAUCAUCGUCAAUGGUGAGCUACAUCCUCGCCUCGAAAAGGGUCCACUGUACUUCCAAAAGGUCGAUCGUGAAGCGAUCAGGGCGCACGUUGAAUUGGAGAAAGCAGCCGGUGGAGAGAUUUGGCCAGCUCGACAGAAACUACCUGGGUCUGCUCAAGUGAGUUUGGAGGAUGAAGAGCUGUGUGCGGGUCUAGCUUGCCAAACAGAUCAGAAGAAGCUACUCUGGUAG